GUCCAGACCUUGCUUAAGAGGGUUAAGGCCUUAUCUAGGAAAGCUCUUCUCUGUCCCGCCUUCACCCCCUCCACCCUACCCUACCACUAUCUGAAGCCUGGAACCAGGGUGCACACACGUGUAUGAGUAUGUUUGGACAUAUGGGUGAAAACAACCCAGAGCAGCCUCCAUCGUAGCAGGUGCUGGACACAGGAGAGCAGCUGAUGGUCCCUGUGGACGUCUUGGAAGAGGAAAACAAGGGGGCCCUGUGGAAGUUUCUGCUGUCUGGAGCCAUGGCUGGGGCAGUGUCUCGCACAGGGACAGCACCUCUGGACAGGGCCAGGGUGUACAUGCAGGUGUACUCCUCCAAGAGUAACUUCAGGCACCUGCUGAGUGGACUGCGGAGCCUGAUCCAGGAGGGCGGCAUCCGCUCACUCUGGCGGGGCAAUGGCAUAAACGUGCUCAAGAUCGCCCCGGAGUACGCUAUCAAGUUCUCUGUCUUUGAGCAGUGUAAGAAUUUCUUCUGCGGUGUGCACACAUCUCCGCUCUUCCAGGAACGGGUGGUCGCAGGCUCCCUGGCUGUGGCCAUCUCCCAGACAUUCAUCAACCCCAUGGAGGUACUCAAGACUCGACUGACCCUUCGCUUCACUGGCCAGUAUAAAGGGCUUCUGGACUGUGCCAGGCAGAUCUUGGAACGGGAUGGCACCCGAGCUCUAUACCGAGGCUACCUGCCCAACAUGUUGGGCAUCAUACCCUAUGCUUGCACUGACCUGGCUGUUUAUGAGCUACUCCUGUGCCUGUGGCAGAAGUCGGGCAGGGACAUGAAGGACCCCAGUGGCCUCGUCAGCCUGUCGUCUGUCACACUGUCCACGACCUGUGGCCAGAUGGCCAGUUACCCACUGAGUUUGGUGCGCACAAGGAUGCAGGCGCAAGACACUGUGGAGGGCUCCAACCCCACCAUGCUGGGAGUCUUCAAGAGGAUACUGAGCCAGCAGGGCUGGCCCGGGUUGUACAGAGGCAUGACACCCACAUUACUGAAGGUGUUGCCAGCAGGCGGCAUCAGCUACCUGGUGUAUGAAGCCAUGAAGAAAACCCUGGGUGUGCAAGUCCUGAGCUGA